CGCCGGCUCUCACCGACGAACACGAACGUACUGAAGAGUCUGAAAAAGGAAGCGCCGACUCGAUCCAGUCGUUCCGUACGUUGCUCGUCAAUUCGAUGCAGAUGCUGAUACUCUGAGCGUUCAUCAAUGGCUGCGAAGGCGAGCCCUCCUACUUCUCUCCCCAAGUCCGGCGCGAUCUCCAAAGGCUACAACUUCGCUUCUACUUGGGAACAGAGUGCUCCGUUGACGGAGCAGCAACAGGCGUCGGUUGUCUCUCUGUCUCACGCGGUUGCCGAGCGGCCAUUUCCCGUUAAUUUGGCGCAAGACAAUAUCUCUGGUCUGGACGGUGGGUUGUCUGCGUCCAAGCAGGACAGCGCUUUUGGAGAAGCUGAGGCUGUGGAAGCAGUGUUGGUCAAUACAAAUCAGUUCUACAAAUGGUUUACGGAUCUGGAAUCAGCUAUGAAAUCAGAGACUGAUGAGAAGUAUCAACAAUACGUUAACACGCUGACUGAGCGAAUACAGACGUGUGAUGCUAUUCUUCAACAGGUUGAUGGUACCUUGGACUUGUUCAAUGAACUUCAGCUGCAGCAUCAAGCAGUGGCUACAAAGACUAAAACUCUGCAUGACGCAUGUGACCGGCUGUUAAUAGAGAAGCAAAGGCUGAUUGAGUUUGCAGAUGCACUUCGGAGCAAACUCAAUUAUUUUGAUGAAUUGGAGAAUAUAGCAACCAAUUUCCACUCUCAAAAUAUGAACGUUGGCAAUGAGAACUUCCUCCCGCUUCUUAAACGGAUUGACGAAUGCAUAUCUUAUGUUGAAAGUAACCCACAGUAUGCAGAAUCUGGUGUAUAUUUGGUUAAAUUUCGUCAACUCCAGUCUAGAGCCCUUGGGAUGAUUCGUUCUCAUGUACUUACAGUUCUCAAGGGUGCCUCUUCUCAGGUCCAGGCAGCAAUCCGUACUAGCGCUAGUGGCACUGCUGUUUCAGAGGGUGUGGAGGCAUCGGUUAUAUACGUGCGCUUCAAGGCAGCAGCGACAGAGCUAAAACCCGUGCUUGGGGAAAUUGAAAGCAGAUCAUCAAGGAAAGAAUAUGUUCAGAUUCUGGCAGAAUGUCACAGAUUGUACUGUGAGCAGCGGCUUUUUCUGAUAAGGGGCAUCGUGCAUCAACGGAUAUCUGAAUUUGCUAAAAAAGAGGCUUUGCCAUCACUAACUAGAUCUGGAUGUGCAUACCUUGUUCAGGUCUGCCAGCUGGAGCAGCAGCUUUUUAAUCACUUUUUUCCAUCUUCUGCGGAGGAUGUAUCUAGUUUGGCACCAUUGAUAGAUCCACUAUCCACUUAUUUGUACGAUACACUGCGCCCCAAACUUAUCCACCAAACCAAUAUCGAUCUCCUAUGUGAGCUUGUUGACAUCCUUAAAGUUGAAGUCCUGGGUGAACAGAUCAGUAGACGAGGUGAACUGUUAGCUGGGCUCCGCCCUACAUUACAGAGAAUUUUAGCAGAUGUUAACGAGAGGCUAACUUUUCGUGCUCGAACACAUAUUCGUGAUGAGAUAGCAAACUAUGUGCCUUUGGACGAAGACUUGGAUUAUCCUGCAAAGCUGGAGCGAUCUGCCCAAAAGGAAUCAGAUACUACAAGAGUUGAUGAAAACUCGGAUGUAUAUAAGUCUUGGUACCCACCUCUCGAGAAAACUAUAUCAUGCCUUUCAAGGUUGUACCGUUGUCUAGAAUCUGCUGUUUUCACUGGCUUAGCACAGGAAGCAGUAGAAGUUUGCUCUCUGUCCAUCCAGAAAGCAAGCAGACUAAUUGCAAAGAGAUCGACAGCAAUGGAUGGGCAGCUCUUCCUUAUAAAACAUCUCCUUAUUUUAAGGGAGCAGAUUUCCCCCUUUGAUAUUGAAUUCUCCGUCACACAUAAGGAGCUUGAUUUCUCUCAUUUGCUGGAACAUCUGAGACGAAUUCUUAGAGGUCAAGCCUCGUUGUUUGACUGGUCAAGGUCUACUUCAUUGGCGAGAACUUUAUCUCCCAGAGUUUUGGAAAGUCAAGUAGAUGCCAAGAAGGAUCUGGAGAGAAGUCUGAAAACCACUUGCGAGGAGUUUAUUAUGGCAGUCACUAAACUAGUAGUUGAUCCUAUGCUUUCUUUUGCAGCCAAGGUAACAGCUGUAAAGGUUGCGUUGUCCUCUGGCAGUCAGAAACAGCAGGUGGAAUCUGUUAUGGCAAGACCACUUAAGGAACAGGCAUUCGCUACCCCUGAUAAGGUGGCUGAACUUGUUCAAAAGGUAGGUGCAGCUAUACAGGAAGAGUUGCCUAGGGUGAUGACUAAGAUGAAGCUUUAUUUACAGAAUCCCUCCACAAGAACAAUACUUUUCAAACCAAUAAAGACAAAUAUAAUCGAGGCCCAUGUGCAGGUACAGUCCUUACUGAGAGCGGAGUACUCGCCCGAGGAGAUUCAAAGUGUCAUAAACAUGGUUUCGAUUCAGGAUCUUCAAGAACAACUGGAUAGUUAUUUAUAGGGAGCUCCAGACGUUUACCCGAUUGUAUCCUCCCAAAAUUUUUGUCCGAGAGAGUACUAUUUAAGAUAUCUCGGAAGUAAGAAAUCAGCGGCAGAAGAAUGCCAAAUAGAGAUACACAGAAUAAUUUGGUAUUUUAUCAUGUGAGAUGUGAGAGAUAACUGCGUUUCAUUCUUUUCAGAGCGGGUAGAGGUGCAAGCACAACAUUCUGGAGUAUCUGCUAUCAUUUGCACCAUAAAAAGGUUCUUGCGUUUCCAUUGACUGUCUGCAAGAGAAAACAGCUUUUCUCUCUUCGUCUCUCGCCCUCUCUCCGACCACACCCCAACCGCGCUGCUGCUGAUAUCUUUUGAGGGUUGCAGCUCAAGUUUCUGCUUGAGUUGGACAUAACAGGUUCUUGAGUAACUGUCCAGUCGUGCUUUGGCAUCAUAGACUCAUUAUACGGCACCUCUGUCGAACAUUUAUGUGUAUAUGUACACUUGACAGACAUCAAGUGCAGAAAUACAGAACGACGGAUGAUAGAUUCUAUCA